AUGGGACCCGCCGACCACGACCAAGAUGACGGCUCUUUCUGGCACCGCCUGCAUACGCUCCUCGACACGCAAUGCUCGACGCACGAGCAGAUUGACGACUGUCUGCGCGACUUCCUCGAUGCCUCGACUGACGGCUUCCUCGACACCGAGUACGACAUUGCCCGCUGCUGCUACCGCCUGAUCGACUCGCCGCUCUGGGUCCAGAACAAGGACUACGUGCGCCGCCAAUUCGUCUACUGCCUGCUGCAGGACGAACAUGCCCCGGUCCUGCACAUUGUCACGGCCGUCCUGCUCUACGACGGCCGCAGCGAUGAAGCCGUCUUUGACAUGAUGCAGUCCGAGGCCGCCUUUCCCCGUCUGCUCGACCUGAUCAAGGGCAACAAGGACGACAGCUCCGGCCUGCACCGCCUGCUGCUCGAGCUGCUCUGCGACAUGUCGAGGAUCCAGCGCUUGUCGCUCGACGACCUGGCCACUGUCGACGACGCCUUUGUCAUCUACCUGUUCGAGCUCAUCGAGGAGCUGUCCAGCGACGCCAACGACCCCUAUCACUAUCCCACCAUCCGCGUCUUGCUUAUCCUCAACGAGCAAUACAUGUGCUACGCCGUCUCGCCCGAAUCACAUCCCACUUUGACCAACCGCAUCAUCAAAGUCCUCUCUAAUCACGGCCCUGCCUACCGCACCUUUGGCGAGAAUCUCAUAUUGCUCUUGAAUCGCGAGUCUGCCCUCGGUCCCCAGCUAUUGAUCCUCAAACUUCUCUAUCUCUUAUUCACCACCCCCUCCACCUUUGAAUAUUUUUACACAAACGACUUGCACGUCCUCGUCGACGUCAUCAUUCGCAACCUUCUCGACCUCGACCCUGGCUCCGACGACGACGACCAUGACUCUGAUUUGCCUCCUCGAGACGGUGGUGGCCAACGUGCUCUUCGACACACAUACCUGCGCGUUUUGUGCCCGCUUCUGAAGAACACCCAGUUGGCCCACGAUAAUGCUCAUUACAAACGCGAAGAACUGCGUAAACUUUUCUACUUGCUGGUCAAUAGAUCCUCCUUCCACUUUGCUCCUGUCGAUGAGACUGUUGUACGCCUGGUCUCGCGCUGCAAGCAGGUUGCCUGGAUAAGAGACGAGUCCGACCCCGAGGACCCAACAAGCCCUCUGACUGAUGCUCAUGUAGCCAAGCGUUUGCUGGGCAUGAAUCUAGCCGAGGCGCAAGAAAGCAGUCUGAGUGUCCUUGAGGUCACUGCGAAAGUCGAGAAGGAAAAGCCAAUGGUACCCGCACCACGGAGGCGCAAGAAGCUGCAACAGCAGCCAUCAAAGGAGACUGUCCUGUUGCGAGUUUCGCCCGCCGAUGCUCAGAAUGGCGAUAGAAGCCCCUUUGAUGACGAUAAUGAUGAAGAGUGA